GCCAGCGACACCGGAGAUCGAGUCGGCAUCUUGUUGAAUCGUCCGCGCACACGCGACGUGUCUCUGGACGUCCAAUCUGAUUCCGUUGUGCCUGCCGCAAGGCCCGUUGCUCUACAGCACUGCAUCAUGUCCGCCAUAGACGCAUCCUCGUACGUGAUAGACGAUGCGCCGCAGGACGACGGCGACAUUGAUUCGCUACCUUCAACGACUACGGACAGCUCGCUCGAUGACGACGAGGCGGACUCGGAUGCCGAGCGUGAAUGGAGAGAGAGCCUGCAGCAGAUAGAAUUGCUUCUCACAAUGGUCAUUGUUCCGUACCUCGGAAAGUACUUUGGAAGGAAAGCUGCAUACUGGGGCUGGGCGAAGUUCAUGGAGUGGAAGCACCCGAACGUCGAGGUCACGAUUGCAAACCGAAGGCUGUUCAGGGCGGCCGGGGCCAUUGAGGCGGCAGCAUCAUUAUGAGCAGGAAAUUGGAUGCCGUGCGGAUAUCAGAGGGGUACAUGUGCGAAUUUUCUAUUCACCCAAGACCAAAAUCGUUUGAGCAUCGCAUUCGUCACCGGCGUACACAUACACGGCGUGGCAGCCUGCACCUUCAACAUCCAGCCAGUCCCCUGGCGCCAACACCAUUUCGUCCUACAGGAGCUCGGAGAAUCGGACCCACGGAAGGCAGAGAACAAACCGUCGGCAUGCUAGGGAGCAAAAGAAGAAAAAAAAAAAAUAAAAGGGACCAAUACUUGGAAGAAGAAAGAACAAUUAGGCAACUAAGCUUUUCUAAGCAAUAGCUCCUCGUGGAGGAACAAUUGGACAUGUACACGCAGGCAACGCAAACGCUUAGGACCUCUGUAUUCAAAAGGGAAAGAGAAUUAAAAAAAAA